GAUAAUCGUCUUAUCCGCGGAUUGGCGAGUUUAGCAUCUGUCAGCACACUGAAAACUUUCGUUUCAUUAUCCUCGCGGACUCUUGGCGCGUUGCAUCUUCGAGUCGAAAAUUGCUAUCGAAUAUGAAGAACGCAAUUCUCUUCGUAAUUACCCUUUCUGUCGCGACCUAUGCCGAUGGCAGAGUUUAUUACCUGGAGAAUCUAGAUGGUACGCGAGAUAACGACGCGAUUUAUCCGAUCGUGGAACAGCAAGCUUCUCGCGAUCUGGAUCUGGCUUUCUCCGCGGGAGACUCCCUCGAGAACGAGAAUGUCAUAUCUCCGACUAGAAAGGUAUACACUCUCGUCACACCGGAAAAGCCGUAUGUCGGAUUGAGCAGAGACAUGGAUCGACCAGUCGCGUAUUACAGAUUAUCCGGCGAACCGGCUGCCAGAAGAGGCAGCUUCGACGACGUCAUUCUCAUUCCGCAAGGAGGGCGGAAAUUGAUGAAGCUGAACGGUAACAAUAAGGGCGAAGUGAUCUUGGAACUUCGCGUCAUAGCUAAUCACGACAGUGCGCAACUCGCGCGUUAAAAUUAGACUUUCAUUCAUCUAUAUAUGUACAUACAUAUACGAGGGAAACGCGCGGCGCGGCGCUUGAAUUGAUAAGAAACGAACGUUAUGCAGUUAAAUCGCAUUGUUUUUAUUACGUUCAACUUACAACAACGAGUACUUUCUAUCGAUACAUAUAGAUACAUCGGAAUACUAUUGUAAUAUUUACAGUACAUAUCACAUGUCGAAUUCCAUCGGAGCUAUUUCACUGAUCCGAUCGGAUCUUUAAUACGAUCUUUUAAUUCACGUCAUGGAUCCAUGAUCCGUAUAGCUUUUGAUUAUUCAGAAUCGAAUGAGAAUUGUAUACAGAAUUAAUAUCAAACCAGGGAAGACAGUUUCGUUUCUAGAUAG